UACUACUUCCUCCGUCAACUUGUAUCAUAUAGUUUGGUUGAGAGUACACAGGCUGUAUUUCGUGUUUUCGUUCUCAUGUAAACUUUGCUUUGAAGAGAUUAGACCUACUUUACAAAUUACUUGCAGAUGACAUGUAUCUGAGCGUAAGUGAUUAAAAAUGUGUAAGUCAAUUCAAUAUAUCGUCAAAUCCGAGAAAACGAAUUGACAGCACCUUCUGUGGCCUUUCGAUGGUCAUCUACUUUGGCGCCAUGACUUGGGACGUGCUGAUGCUGAAGCUGUCGUAGGUAGAUAUGAAAUGUGUGUCUAUGUUUCCUAUAUGUGUCAGUGAGACGUCAUGUGUGGAAUAGAGAAGCACUAGGAUGGCCCCUGAUGCAGUAGAGACUGUGUGCACAUGGCUGCAAAGCCGCUGGCAUGUGUGUGUGCCAGAGGGCUGGCUGCAGGCAUGUGUGGAAUGGCUACAGCAAGAGAUGGGCGGCCGACCUCUGACCCUACCACAGCUGCAGCAGCAGGUGCUUGAGCAGUGGUUGCAGACGGACCUGCGUAGCCUGGGCGUGUCGUCACUGCCGGCUGCCGUGAGCGAGGCGCUGAAGACCGAGCUGCAGGGGAACCUCUGCGUGCAGCUGGACUCGCUGCAGGACGUCAGCCAGCCGGCGUACACUCAGCUCCAGCGUCUGCGUGGGAGCGAACGCGACAACGACCAGAUCGGGGCGGCCACCCAGGCGACCCAGCGGCCGUGGGAGGCAGCCCCCACGCGCAUGCUGAUGUUGCAGCUGACGGACGGCGUGCGGAGCGUGGAGGCGAUGGAGUACAGGCCCGUGCCACAGCUCAACACCCGCCUGCCUGCCGGCACCAAGCUGCUGCUGCGUGGGCCCAUAACAUGCAGGCUGGGCGUGCUGCUGCUGAAGCCUCAGAACGUGCAGGUGCUUGGGGGAGAGGUGGAGGAACUCCUGCACACCAACACUCAGGCCCAAGUGUUAAGCCGAGCUCUGGGUCUGCCUGAGGAGGUGCCAGCUGAAGAGGAGGCCGAGGGGGUCCCCCAGGAGAGGGCCGAGGAGGCUGGGCCAGGAGCACAGGAGGAUCUGGAUGACAUGGAGCUGAUGGCCAGUCUGGAGGCUGUGGAGGAGAGCAGCCUGGACAGUGGCUACAGGACCGCCAGCAUGGUGUCCACAGCCCCGAGCAGGCCGUCCCCUCAGCAGCACCUCCCUCUGGAGGACUCGGCCUGGGGGAGCCCACUCAACGCGCCCGCGGAGGACUUCCCCGACGAUGACAUUCCCCUGGAGGAGCUGGACAGUGUGCUCUCCCAGCACCUGACGCAGGAGACGGGGCAGGGUGACGCCCUCUCCCCUCCAGAGCCCGCCUCCACCAUCUCCCCACAGAUUUCUGUGCCGAGGCCGUCGGCAUACACCCCCAGCCCUGAUCGGGAAUACUCCCCACAUCCCGCUGCGUCUGAGCGUGCUCCGCAGAGGACCUCUGUGGGGGCUGACGCCGUGUCGGAGGUAGAGCGUGCUGCCGUAGCGCGGGACAGCCCCCCCUUCUCGUACCUGUUGAGCCUGGAGCCAGGUGUGGCCAGGGAGAUCCGCGUGCGCGCCUUUGUGGUGACGCUGAAGGGCAACAUGCGCAGCGCCGGAGGCUCCUGGAGCCUGGACGUCAGCCUGUCGGACGGCUCGGCCUACGUGGACGCCCAACUGAGCGACGGCCUGCUGGCCGAGCUGAUCGGCUUCUCGGCGGCAGAGGCGCGCGCCCUGAGACGAACCCCCGAGGGGCAGGCGCAGGUCACCGCGGGCAUCCAGAGGUGCCAGCUGGCACUCGUGGACAUGUGUGGCAUCAUGACCCUGCGGACGGAGACUCAGCGGGCACGACCCCUGGUGCUCGAGGUGAGCUCGGUCACCCAGAGCGACUGUCUUGCCCUGCAGCAGCGGGUAGAGGUCAGGAGAGCCCGGUACUAGCAGAGCAACAGUGUCCCGAUGGGCUGAACUGUUUGCACAAGACACACGUAUCAGCUGAUGCUAAUGGCAAGGAGAUAUGCCUCAGAUGCCUCAGCCACCAUACAAAUGUCAAACUUGUUGAUGAAAUGCAUUAUCCUGUCCUUAGAACUGAAUGGUGGAUGAUCUAGUCAUGUGACACAACAGGACCAGCCUGAACUUAACCUUGCCACAUGGGGUUGACAUGGGCUGUUUAUUUGUUACAAUGCAGUAGUCUUUCAGGUCAAGUGUCUAUUUUUAUGCUGACGUCUCAUGAAAGUGAUGAAAGUUUAUGUAAAUUAUUUCUGAUUAAUGUGUACAGUUUCUUGGAUAAUUGUUUGGAAUCUGAAUCAGUUUUUUUUUUAAAUGUAUUAAACAGUUCAUGAAGCUUU